AUGGCAACCGUUCAAGGUCCCGCAAACCUGGCGCGAAGCUGCCUCCGCUUUCUUCAGACGCCACCGCUGCCCUCCUGGAACCACAACUGCUGCAACGUCCCGCCGUGCCGCCGGGAUCGACCUGACAGAGCCUCGACAGACUCGGAUCACGAUGACUCGGGCUCGGAUAUCGACGUGAGCGGCGCCUUGAAUGGGCUAGGUUACCUCCCCCAUCAUCACCACUUAGUGCUAGGCCAGGGCCCUGGCCCGAAGUAUUGCCUCGUCGACAACUGGCUGAACGGCGCAAAUCAUCAGUAUUACGCCUUGUACCCGCCCGAAUUCAGGACUCAGUACGACGGCUGGUGGGCGACUCCGCGAAACAAGGUGACGCCGGAACUCACGAGCCUGAUCCUGCGCGUUUGCGCAUGCUCCCUCCAUUUCAUCAUCGACGACAACGUCAGAGUGAGACUUGAAACCGACCUUGACACGGACGUCCUGACGUUCGCGGACCGCAUGCACGCUGCGGCCCAGAAGCUCGGCGCCAGCAUUCCCCUAGGGAAAGGCGGCCUCGUUCACGUUCAGCAGCUGUUCCUUACGGCAUUCUGGUUCAAGUCGGCUGAGAAAUGGGCGGAGGCCUGGAAUGCUUUGAGCCGGGCCAUCCCCGCCGCGAACGAGAUAGGUCUGCACCAAGAUUCCUCCUCUGAGGGUAUGUCGGAAUAUGACCGCGAGAUGAGGAGGCGCAUGUGGGUUAUCUUGUAUCUGUGGGAUUUCGCGUUGGGUUCCAUGCUAUCUCGCCCGUUCAUGAUCGACCGCGCCCACAGUACAGUCGUGAUGCCGACCCUAACUCUCGAGAACAACCGAGAGCGGCCCGACCAGCCUUCACAAUUCCGCCACAUGAACCUCCACUGCCAGCUGUGCAUCGACUUAGCCGCGGUGUUGGCGAAGGACUCGGAUUCCGAGACAGGUAAGGCAGAAGCAGCCCAACGGAUGCAGGGCGCGGUGGAGAAUUGGUUCGCGAAGCUCCCGGCCGAAUACGCCGUGAAGUCACCCGAGACGCGAUGGGACCGCGAGUUUGAUUGGGUCGUGUUUCAACGCCGGUAUCUGCACCUGAUCGGAUACAUGGGUUUGUUCAGUCAGCUGAAGCCCUUCCUCACGCGGAGCUCGGCGAAACCCAUGUCGGAACUCGAAUCGAAGCUUCGAGAGGCCGGCGUCGAUGCGGCGCUGGGCCUCAUGGAUGUGUCGUGGAAGCUUUUCGAAAACCUGGCCUCGGUGGGGGCCAAGUUCCAUUAUGCCAUCUUUUGCAUUUUCGACGCAGCAACCGUUAUGUGUUCCGCAUUCCUCCAGGACGAGGCCCGCAACCUCCCGCAGCGGGAGACGGUCCUCGAGGCCGUCAAGAAAUCCUUGGGCAUGCUCGCAGAGGUUUCUCCCGAGUCCAAGACGACGGCAGCGCUAUACCGCAUCCUCAAAGACCUCCUUACCAAACUGCCGCUGAGCACCAGAGAGCAAGGGGUGACUGGGGCGGCAAAACGGGUGAAGAACGAGAGGUCUACGCCGCCCAGCGACCGAGCUCUCGCAAUGAAGUCCCCGAGCGUUCCCUCGUCGCAGCGUACCCGACCGGAAGGUCGUCGGAAUCACAAACCCCGGCACCGCUCCAGCAGCGCCAGCUCCAACAGCGAUUCCACGAUGGAUUCGUCCAAGUUCCAGCCACGCAGCGAGAGCUCCGUGUCGGUACCUGACAGCUGUCGGUCGAUAAAUCCCCGAGUAUCAUCGGAAGUUCAGCCACAGCCUAGGUCCGUCGUUCCAUCGAAUGGUGUGGCGCCGGCGGCUGGUCUUUCGUCUUCUAGCAACUUCGUGCCGGUCCACCCGGCGUACCCGGGAGCAACGGGCAGCUUCAUGCCGGCGACAAACACCAUGCCGGCGGCCGUCUACAUGCCACCAGAGGCAUACAACCCCGGUCCCGGGUACGUGCAGGAGCCCGGGUUUCAAUACCCGUCGCAGAGUCCCGUGGAUGCGCUUCCCUUCAGCCAGCCCGGUUGGCAGCCACCCCAGGCGAUUGAAGGCCUGGGCAGCAAUGUGCCGAUGUACCAAAACGGCGGCCUUCCCGGAUUCGACAGCUCGCCACCCCCGCAACAGCCCGCGUUGCUCGAAUAUUGGGGUUGGCAGGGCCUCGGACUUGGCCAUCCCUCGACUUGGCCCGUGCCGCUUCCGGAUCAAAGCGGGAUGCGGCAGCACUACGUCGACCUGCCUGGGGGGUUUGACGGCCGGGGGAUGUUGAAUGAUUGCGGGGAGAGCGCGAGCACCGAUCUGAGUCGGUGA